UGAGAUCUACUGGAGGAUACGUCUCUCACCUGCACGUGUCCCUGGUGCCGCGCCGCGAUGGCCGGCUGCACCAGCCGCUGCAGGCAGGGGGUGCUCAAGCUAAUCCAGUCCCUGCAGAGAUUGGUCUCAGGAACCCUGACAAAAGAUAAAUUGGAAGAUGAGCUGGAGAUGACUAUGGUGUGCCACAGGCCCGAAGGGCUUGAACAGUUAGAAGCUCAAACUAACUUCACAAAACAGGAGCUACAGAUCCUCUACAGAGGUUUCAAAAAUGAAUGUCCAAGUGGAGUUGUAAAUGAGGAAACUUUUAAACACAUCUACGCCCAAUUUUUUCCUCAUGGAGAUGCAAGUAUGUAUGCACAUUAUCUUUUCAACGCUUUUGACACUUCAAACAACGGCUCCAUUAAGUUUAAGGACUUUGUUAUGGGCUUGUCCAUACUGCUUCGGGGGACACUGAGAGAAAAGCUGGAGUGGACAUUUCACCUUUAUGACAUCAACAGAGACGGCUACAUAAACAGAGAAGAAAUGACUGAGAUUGUGAGGGCUAUUUACGACAUGAUGGGGAAGUACACAUACCCUGUGCUGAAGGGUGAUGUCCCACAGCAACAUGUGGACACAUUUUUUCAGAAGAUGGAUAAAAACAAAGAUGGAGUCGUGACUUUGGAGGAGUUUAUCAUAGCCUGCCAGGAGGAUGAAACCAUGAUGACAUCCAUGCAGCUUUUUGAAAAUGUGAUGUAGGGAAAGAGGCGAUGAUGGUGAAGUAAAAAAAAAAGCAAAAAAAGAUAGCCUGGAAUGUUUGUGUGUAAGCGUGCACAUGUGUAGUACAUCUAGCCUCUCCUCCUGUUGUUAUCCAGCAGUCAUGUGGAUAUGAACCUGGACUGUGACUGGUCAUUUUUUGUCCUUUUUUGAACUCCGAUCAUACUUUUUGGCCCUCUGUGGAGUGUCAUCACACAAUACAGAUGGAAGAAAGUGACAUAUUUGCACAUAAGCACAUCACUCUCAGCCCUGACUUGACAACUGGCUUUUAAAUGAUAAAGAUGCUCCUGUUUUCCAAGGCUGCUCCAUUCCAGCAAAAGAGUGAGUUAUCAACAAGCUGUUUUCUGCAAAGUAAAGCGGCUUGCUUUAACAAUAGCUUUUAAAUCAUCUCCAGGAGAAAGAACUUGGAUAUGCCUCUCUUGGCCGACACUGGAUAAGAUGUAUUUCAGUUAUGUCUGUUCCUUUGUUGUUGUGACUCUUGUGCUUUUGUGUUUGCUGGCUUCAUUGUCAAAUCUGAUGCUUAUUGUUGGAAUCUGUCUGACAUCUCACAGUUCCUAUAUUGUGCACAUGUAAAUGUGUCCAACUUUAUUUUUUUUAAUGAAAACAGAGACUCUUGCCGACUUUUGCCUGCUGCUCCAUUUGUGAUGGUCAAAUAUUUGUGUUGUCAAAAAAGGAAAAUAUUAUAGGAAAUAUGCAUAAAUUUUAAAAUUUCAUGUUGAAGUGUUGGCAAAGCAGUGACCUUGAAUUACAAAACAGGAGAAAACUAUAUUUUAUUUGCACAGCUGAGUGGGGUGAUCAGGGUGGAAUUCAGACAUCCCAAUGUUCUGAUAAAAUCCAGACUUCAGAAUGUUAUCAAAAGGUUUUGGGUGAUGUAAGUGCUUCGUCAGAAUGACAGCGCUGGAAAGUGCUGAGAGCAGCUCUGAGUGCAUUAAUGAACCAAGCUGUGAUGUCGCCCUCAUACAGAUUCACACAGAGCGACUCAUGCAGUCGUCACAAGUCUGGAAACACGACCCAAUAUGAAAACACGCCAGAACCUAGUACUUCUAACACCUAAAUUAUUAACCACUUUUUAAAAUUAUUUUAUUUUGCUUCAUGGCCCACCUGGGUGACAUCACAGUCUUGCUUCUGUGAUUUGUUGUUUUGGAACAGAGUUGUUACAUUUCACAAAAAAACAUAUAUUAAGACAUAAGAUUAAAUUUGUGACUUCUCUUAAA